AUGCUUAAUAAAGUAUUGCUUUCUUCUGAUGUUGCGUUGGUUUGCGUUCAACAUGCAUUAUCAACAGAAAAAGAAGAAAUUAUGGGACUGCUUCUAGGAGAGGUACACAAUGAUGGCACUUUGGUGUCCAUAUCCACCUCUGUAAUAUUAAGACGUUUGGACAAAAAGCCUGAUCGCGUAGAGAUAUCAGAAGAGCAAUUGGUGCAAGCUACAUUACGUGCAGAGGAAUUAGCAGCUGAAGUAAACAGACCUCUUAGAGUAGUGGGGUGGUAUCAUUCACACCCUCAUAUCACAGUGUGGCCAUCACAUGUUGAUCUAGCAACACAGUCAAUGUAUCAAAGAAUGGAUUCUAGUUUUGUUGGGAUAAUUUUUGCAGUAUUUUUAUCAGAUCAAUCAACAAAAGCCCCUUCGAUUCAAAUUACUUGUUUCCAAUCAAUAAAUGAUGGUUCAAGCCAGGGUAGAAGAGAAAUUGAAAUGGAAAUAAUAAACAAUAAUGACUCUUUAUUGUUAAACAACUUAGAAACACUAACUCAACUGCCAGCUAUAUUAAAAGAGGAAGAAGAUGAGGCAUAUUUCAAUGAAGUAGGACGAAAUGAAACUGAUGACAUCAUUAACAAGCAACAUAAUGCAGCUGUUAGAACUAUUGCCAUUGGACAUAUAGUUGACAAGAUGUCCCGACCAAUGCUUGAGGGUCUUGUUGCAAGGAAUAAUUUAAAUAAUGUGCGGCUAAGAGCUCUAAAAAGACAACAUCAAGAAAUGAUGUCAAGACUUGAAAACAUGUCUUGUAAUGUUUAA